CAAAAGGGGCCUGAAGAACCCAGGAGCAAGGAUGUGUUCCAGAAGAAAAAGCAGAAUCCAUGCACAGAGUGUGGAAAUAGCUUUGAAAAAGAUUCCUGCAUCGUUAACCACCAGUGCAGACGCUCAGCAGUGAGUCCAUACAAGUGCUCUGAGUGUGGGAAGAGCUUCAAAAAGAGAUCCCAACUCACCUACCACCAACACAUCCACACUGGAGAGAGACCCUACGGGUGCUCUGAGUGUGGGAAGAGCUUCAAAACCAGUUCUGAUUUAAAGAAGCACCAGCGCAUCCACACAGGGGAGAGACCCUACAAGUGCUCUGAGUGUGGGAAGAGCUUCAAAAGCAGUUAUGGAUUGAAGCUGCACGAGCGCAUCCACACAGGAGAGAAACCCUACAAGUGCUCUGAGUGUGGGAAGAGCUUCAAAAGCAGUUCUGAACUGAAGAGCCACGAGCGCUUCCACAUGGGAAAGAGACCCUACGAAUGCUCUGAGUGUGGGAAGAGCUUCAAAAGCCGUUCCCACCUCAUCCACCACCAACGCAUCCACACAGGAGAGAAACCCUACAAGUGCUCUGAGUGUGGGAAGAGCUUCAAAAGCAGUUCUUACCUCAGGUCCCACCACUACAUCCACGCAGGAGAGAAACCCUACAAGUGCUCUGAGUGUGGGAAGAGCUUCAAAAGCAGUUACGAUUUGAAGCUGCACCAGCGUGUACACACAGGAGAGAAACCCUACAAGUGCUCUGAGUGUGGGAAGAGCUUCAAAAGCAGUUCUGAAUUGAAGAUACACCAGCGUGUACACACAGAGGAGAGACCCUUUCAGUGCUCUGAGUGUGGGAAGAGCUUCAAAAGCCGUUCCCACCUCAAUAGCCAUCAGCGCUUCCAUACAGGAGAGAGACCCUACAAAUGCUCUGAGUGUGGGAAAAGCUUCAAAAGCCGUUCCCACCUCACCUGCCACCAGCGCUUCCACACGGGAGAGAGACCCUACAAGUGCUCUUAGUAUGGGAAGAUCUUCAAAAGCAGCUCUGAACAGAAGAGCCACGAUCGCUUCCACACAGGGGAGAGAGCCUACAAAUGCUCUGAGUGUGGGAAGAACUUCAAAAGCUGUUCUGAUUUGACGCGGCACCAGCGCAUCCACACAGGAGAGAGACCCUACAAGUGUCCAGAGUGUGGGAAGAGCUUCAAAAGCAGAUCUAAUCUCAACACCCACAAGCACAUCCACAGCACACACAGGCUGUAGAACCAUCUCAAGACUCUGGGAACCUUAAAAGCAGUUCCAGCCUCAUUACCUACCAGCACAGCCACACAAGAUACAGAGCCUGCAGAGCCCCGAACAUUGGAAGACCUUCAGCCAGAGACCCAGCCUGUUCACCACCCUGUGGCUUUGUGUGGUGAUGAACCUUACAAAUCCCUUGAGUAAAGGAAAAGUUCUGCGGCCAAGCACAAUCC